UAUUAUUAAACAAUAUUUUUCAGCCCUGACCUAACUAUUUUUACUAAACAACUCUUACAAAUGGCAUCACCAUGACCUGGAUGAGAUUAUCCAAUUCAAAAAUAACCACUAUCGAUCUAUUUAAACGAAAUAGACUGGGUUCAUAGUGUGACACUGUAGUAAAUAAUCAAUAUUUUAAUGCCGUCCCUGUUUCAUAGUUAAUAAUAAUAAAUUAUAUUGCGAUAAUUCCUAAAUACCAUUGUAAGCUCAUAAUGUUGAAGUGGCUAGUUUGCGUUGCAUUUUUAAUAACUAAUUCACUUGCUGGUAAAAAAAUUCCAGACACUUUUCUUCUUGGAGCUUCUUCAGCGGCUUUUCAAAUAGAAGGUGGUUGGAAUGAAGAUGGAAAAGGGCCCAGCCUAUGGGAUACUUACCUACAUGACAAAAAUGCUUCUGAAAAUGGAGACAUUGCAUGCGACUCUUAUCACAAAUGGAGAGAGGAUAUAGCAAAUGUUAAAUCUCUUGGAUUGGAUUUUUACAGAUUCUCAAUUGCUUGGUCCCGUAUCCUCCCCAGUGGAACUUUGAAUAAUAUCAACCAGGAGGGUAUUGACUAUUACCUGAAUUUAAUAAAAGCUCUCAAAGCAGAAAACAUUGAACCCGUUGUAACUAUAUACCACUGGGACAUGCCUCAGCAUGUUCACGAGCUUGGAGGCUUCCUCAAUCCCCAAUUUGUUGACUAUUUUGGGGAUUAUGCCAGAUUAGUCUUUGAACUAUAUGCACCUUAUGUUAAAUAUUGGUUAACAAUUAAUGAACCUUUCAUGAUAUGUCUCGGAGGCUAUGGUUUGGGCUUUAUGGCUCCUGGAUUAAACUUAAUAGGCGACGGGGUCUAUCAAUGUGGUUACGUUUUGCUGAAAGCUCAUGCCAAGGCUUACAGAAUUUACGACGAAGAAUUUAGGGAAAAAUAUAAUGGUCAAGUUGGUCUAGUCAUUAAUUUCGAUUGGGCGGAGCCGUUGACUAAUAGUAGUCAGGAUCUGGAAGCUCAGAGAAGAUAUCAAGAAUUUGCGCUUGGUUGGUGGGCAAAUCCAGUCUAUUUGGGAAACUGGCCGCAAGUAAUGAUAGACCGGAUCGCUUACAGAAGUAAACUUGAAGGUUUUUCUAGAUCCAGAUUACCAGAGUUUACUCAAGAGGAAAUUGACUAUAUCAAUGGGACUUCCGAUUUUUUUGGUCUCAACACAUAUAAUGUGGGACAAGUGAAAUACGGUCCAGAACCUACUAUCGGGCUACCUGCUUACACUUCAGAUAUAGGAAUUGUGGUAGUCAAUGACCCAGAUUAUUAUCACCCUAGAGGAAUUAGAGAUUCAGUCAACCACAUUCACAAAAAAUACCGACCUAGAGGUAUUCUAAUAACUGAAAAUGGAAAAAUGACUGGAGAUAUUCUGGAUGAUCAAGGCAGAAUAAGUUUAAUAAGGGACUAUAUGGAUAAUUUGCUAGAUGCUGUGCUAGAAGAUAGAGUCAAUGUUUUUGGUUACUCCGUCUGGUCCCUAAUGGACAAUUUUGAAUGGGGAUCUUAUGAGAAACGGUUUGGUAUUAUUCGAACCGACUUUGAUAGUCCUAAUAGAACUAGGACAUGGAAACAAUCGGCCAAAUGGUACCAAAAUGUUACGGCUACUAGAACUUUGGAUGUAUAACUGCAAAUAAUUCUUUAGAAAAGUGAAAAAUAAUAUGUUGUUUAUUUUAAUUCAAUGUUUUAUCAAGGAAUAUCGUAGUAACAUACAUUAAAAACUCAUGCAGUAGCAAAUUUCAGAUUUACGUAAUUUUAUGUACAAUUAAUAAAAGAAAACAACUAACAACAA